UAACCACUGACAUAACUAGAUUGACAAAGCAGGUAUUUUAAAAAAUUUGUUACCUCACCUCCCAUCCCUUUUUCUACCCCAAUUUUUCUUUACAAGACUAAAAUGUGUUGUGCAGAUGUUUGCCAGAAGCUGGGAAUGGGUGCUGGGAAUCGGUGACGGGAAUAGAUCACUUGAUUAUGUGUUCUGCUAAUUCUCUCUGAGGCAACUGGCAUUGGCCACACUUGGAAUAUAGGAUACUGGGCUCCAUCUUUUAGAGGGUGAAUAAGGACUAUCUAUAGGAUAAAGUGUCAGGAGAAGUUUGGCAGUAUAAGACCAUGAUGCUCUUGACCACAAAGUAUUGGUGACAUGGAUUUGGUUUCUAGUGAAGUCAGAAAAUUUGGAGCAUCCUAACAUGGUGUGGGAAGUGAAGACAAAUCAAAUGCCUAAUGCAGUCCAGAAACUCCUGUUUGUAGUGGACAAGAGAAAUUCAGGGAUGAGUGAAUCAUUGGAGUUACUGAAAUGUAAUGAGAACCUCCCAUCUUCUCCUGGAUAUGCAUCCUCCGAUGAGCACAUGGAGCUUGACGAUCUUCCUGAACUACAGGCAGUUCAAAUCGAUUCUACCCCAACUGCGUUCUACCAGCUUGGUACUGAUGUUUCACAUCAGGAAUAUUCAAGGCCUUCAUGGAACCAGCAUACCUCAAAUAACAAUUCAGAAAGUGCUUAUUCUUGUGAGAGUGGGGUGAACUGGUUGACAGAACUGGCAAACAUAGCCACUAGUCCACAGAGUCCUCUCAUGCAGUGUUCUUUUUAUAACAGAUCAUCUCCUGUUCAUAUAAUAGCAACAAGCAAAAGUUUACAUUCCUAUGCACGUCCUCCACCAGGAUCCUCAAAGAGUGAUCCCAGCUUCUCUAAGCAUCACUUAGAUGAAACACCAGUGAGACAUGAAAGGACAAGUAGUGAAUCAGAGUCUGGCAUUUUCUGCAUGUCGUCGCUGUCGGACGAUGAUGAUCUAGGGUGGUGUCACUCUUGGCCCUCAACUGUUUGGCACUGUUUUUUAAAAGGCACACGUUUAUGCUUUCACAAAGGAUACAACAAAGAAUGGCAGGACGUUGAAGAUUUUGUUAGAUCUAAAGGUUGUGAAAAUGAGGACGAUCUUCUAAUGGGUACUUGCAAGGGCUAUGGUUCUGAUGGUUUGAAGUUGAUAUCUCAUGAAGAAAGUAUUUCAUUUGGUGAAUCAGUAUUGAAGUUGACAUUUGAUCCUGGUACAGUAGAAGAUGGCUUGCUUACCGUGGAGUGCAGAUUGGAUCAUCCAUUUUAUGUUAAAAAUAAAGGUUGGUCUUCUUUCUAUCCAAGCUUGACUGUGGUUCAGCAUGGCAUUCCAUGCUGUGAAAUGCAAGUAGGAGAUAUGUGUCUACCUCCAGGACACCCUGAUGCUAUUAACUUUGAUGAUUCGGGUGUUUUUGAUACAUUUAAAAGUUAUGAUUUUACACCAAUGGAUUCUUCUGCAGUUUAUGUACUAAGCAGCAUGGCCCGUCAGCGUCGUGCUUCUUUAUCUUAUGGAGGAUCGGGCAGUCAAGACUUCGAGAGAUCAGAAUGCAGUAAAAACUAUGUGUCUGAUAGAUCAUCACAGCUCUCCUCCAGCUCUUUGUGUAGUAAAGCUGGUAAAAGCCACAGCUCAGGGACUGCAAGUACUAUGAGUGCCACUUCUCCUAACAAAUGCAAGAGACCAAUGAAUGCCUUCAUGCUUUUUGCCAAAAAAUACAGAGUUGAAUAUACUCAGAUGUAUCCAGGGAAAGAUAACAGGGCCAUAAGUGUGAUACUUGGUGACAGGUGGAAGAAAAUGAAGAAUGAGGAAAGACGGAUGUACACACUAGAAGCCAAGGCUUUGGCUGAAGAACAAAAACGUUUAAAUCCUGACUGUUGGAAACGGAAACGAACAAAUUCAGGCUCACAGCAACAUUAAAUCAGAAUUUUACUGUUCUUAAUGGCUGACAGACACUUGAUGGAGAGACUUAUGAAGAUCAAGGUCUUACCAGUUGUGAAUUUGUGAGACCACAAAAUACUGGCAUUAUCAAGUCAGAAAUUGAUUUAAUGGGAAUGAGAAUUUGCUUUUUUACAAUAGAGCAUUAAGUAUGCUAAAACUGUCAACAUCAUAAACCAAAUUGCCUUAUUUUUCUUCCAAACUUCAUAUACAUCUAUCAGGUAAUAUAGGCUUGAAAAUGGCUAUCCUGUGGUGCUAAGUAAAUUAGGAAAAAGAGGAGAUGUGUAUAAAUGUUUUAUUUUUUAAAAAUGUACAAAAAAGGGGAAUUUUAAAAUAUGUAACAGCUGUUUAUACAUUGAUUUCUAUUGCUGAUUAAUAUGUAUUGCACAAGCCAUGUAAUUAAUUACAAUUCUGGGAGCUGGGAUUUCCUGAAAUGGCAAAAAGCCCUAGCACCAACCUGCAAACUCCCAGUCUGCCCUGUGCCAACAAGCUGCCGAAUUGUGUGGUAAGUGGACAGUGUAGUGUAAUGUAGCAAGAGAGUUGCUUGGUGGGGUGCCACAUGUAAAAUUUAUAUCCACGGUGUGAUGUUUUUGCACCGGCUGACAGUACUCUGAGCUAUUAUUUCCAAUGGAAAUAAUGGCCUGGGCAAGGAUUAAAUGAAUUCAUAGCAUUGCAUUAUCUCAAGAAAAUAUUGCAAAUUAUAAUUAUCACCAUUGUAUUUUGAACUUUGUGUUUUGUCUUUUCUGCCACAUAUUCUAUGAUUAUAUUUUAUUUUGCCAUAAGAUGUCUUUAUGGUGGGGGCAAACUUUGCACUUAUGUAGGUGCAACACUUGCACUUUACUUUUUUCCUCCAACUGUCUAAAAUUAGACCAGAUACAUUAGAAUUACAGCUGCUUUUGCUGUAAACUUUUACAAUCAUGGCUUUUCAUGUUACUAAACAAGCAGUGUGUUUCUUUUUAAAGAAUCACAAACUGUAAAUUAAUUGUUUGACACGUGUCUACAGGAUGUUGCCCCUAAAAUUUUUGCACACUAUAUUCUUGUAU